CCUCCUCAGCUCCCGUGGAGACCUUGCGGAAGGUAUCUAUCUACCUGGGAAUUGGAAGUGCCUCCUGGACUACAGGAACUCCCUCUGUGCAUCACAGGAUGGAGACCCGUUACCUGCUCGUGUUUGUCUGUCUCUUCGCCGUGGCUCGAGCUCAUCACUCACGAGGCAAUCUGUGUGAUACCAUUCGCGCCACGCAGUCGAGCAUAUCGGAUUUCAAAGGAUAUGCCCUCAACGCCAUCGACAGGAACCAUGACACCACCUACGAGCACGGGUCGUGCAGCAAAACAACCAUGGAGAACUCGCCCUGGUGGAGCGUCGAUUUCUUCUACCAUUACAUGGUCUAUGUUGUGAAAAUCACCGCGGGCACUAGCCUUAAUAAUGCGGAAAUCCGCAUCGGAGACACCAUGGAUGUCAGAAGCAAGAACACCAUUUGUGCAAAUGAUGUAUCCGUGCCUGCGGGACAGACUAAGUACUUUUUCUGUAAACCAAAAGGACUACAUGGACGUUACAUGACCAUCAGCAUCCCCGGGAGGACAACAUCCCUGUCACUAUGUGAGGUGGAAGCCUACGGAGCGCACGAUCCUCACUAACUGAGUUUCCCUCACAUGGAAAAUAGCGCAGAUCUUCCCUUGUGCUUCCGGCUUCCACGACUGAUCCGAUGGAAAAAGAAUCCAGCUUCGUAGCCAAAGCCAUUCCAGUCUAACCCAGCUUCAAGCAGCAAGUUUCACAGCGAGACAGUCUUCAAGGAUUCUGCAGCCAAGCGUGGAGCGAAAGACAGCGGCUGUUGGUGGAGGGGGACAAACCAGGUUGGGAGGGGAGGAAGCACAGCAUCAAGGAUAGACAGAGAGCAAGAAUGGACACUACAGAGCCUGGGGCUCUCUGCCAAACAGAGGGAAAAUCCUCUGCCCAACCAUCGCCUGCUCUGCAACGCUACACUGGCUACCCCAGUGGACUCUAAAGCCUCCCAUCCAUACCGGCAAGAAUCGCUCUUAGAUAGGUGUGGCACUCCCGUCAGAGUCUACGUGCUGGCUGGGGUCCGGUUUCCGGUGACCGGAUCAACACCCAAUGAAUACGCCGAACACCUCUCUCUCUCUCUAAGCUUGUCUGUAAACCCUAAUCUGUGGCAUGUCUGCCUGAAUAAAUCAGCAAAACAGUUUCUGCAAA